UAUUUAAGCCAUAUUCAUUUUCCAUUCAAACCUCAAUUAUCUCAAAAUUAUCUGUACUCAAAAUAUUAAAAACUGUAAAACAAGACUUUUAUCAUUGUCAAAUAAAUAAAUCUUACACAUUAAAAUACCUUUAAGUACACAUUAGACAGUUAACCCAACAAUAUGAAUUUAAUAAUUCUGUCAUUUUUUUUCUGCAUAUAUGCUGUAAUUAGUACUUAUGGUGAUCUCGACAAUUCGUUAUUACUUCAGGUGGCGCAAGAAAUGAAUAAAACUAAUCAAAUGUUAGAAUGCAUUUCAAAUAAUAAUAAACACAUUGUAAGUGCGUUUGAAAAAUUGAUUGACAAUUAUACUUACAACUUUGUAGCUAAUGAGCUUUUAAGAAGAGAUUCAUUAACUUUAAAAGCUGUUGAUGAUGACUCACCAAAAAACGUAUAUUCAAAAAAAUACAGAUAUAAUAGUGAUCAGGCGUUAUCAACCACAAAACUUAACUUUUAUAAGAAUACAGAAGUAAAAUUAUUUGGUGAAUAUAGUAAAUUGAAAAAAAAUUUGUCUUAUGAUACCGAAGUUCAAAAAAGAAGAAUUAUUAUGAAAAAUAUAUUUCAAAAAUAUCUUCAAUAUAAAGUUGAUAAUAUGGCAAGUUCUAUGUGUUCUAAUUCUGCGAUAAUAGACGUGAGAUGUAAAUUAUUUGCCUUAGAAAGAUCUACAGAUGAAUCAGUUCACACGUAUGAAUUCGAACCUCGUUGUGUUAGUAAUAGUUGUUAUAUCGAUCCAAAAAACAUAAUAGAAUAUGAAGUUUUAAUUAGAGAAUCAAUGGGUAAUGGACCAGGAAUAUUUAAUCAAAUGUAUGAUGGGACAUUUACAUAUAAGAUAUCACAUACAAUAAUGGGAAGUAAAGAAGUUGAAUGGUUAAAAAUUAAAAAAAGAACUUGAAAUCCUUAGUUUUAAUGCAACCAAAAUUUAUAUUAUUUGUUUUUAGUUGAGUGUACUAAUUUUAAUAAUUAAAUAAUCCACAAUAAUUGAAAUUAAGAAUACAAUUUUUUAAAUUUCAUAAAAAGUUUUUUAUGAUUUAAUAAACAAAAAUUGAAUCUUUUUUUUUAAUAGUAUUUAAAUUGUAAAAAGAAUUUUCGUGUAAUAUUCAGUAUUAUAUUCUAAUACUUGAAUUGUUUAUGUCAUCAAAAUAUUAUAAACCUAAGAGAAAUGACUUCCUUUUUAUAUACACUAGUCU